AAUUAAUGCCUUUCGUUGCAAGUAUCUUGCAACCGAGGUUAUAAAUUACUAAAUAACAAUAAUUUGGAUCGUCCUUUCAUUUGCAAUGUGUAGAUUUUGUUUUUGUGAAUUAUCGAAAGAGCAGCUGAGUAAACGAUGUGCUUACAAAAAAAAUGAUAUCGAGCACGACAUACCGUGGAAUAAUGACGAUAUAUUUGUUGAUUAUCAACCAAGUAAUAUUUUGCAGCCAAAGAGUAAUAGUUUACCCGUCAUCGUCAAUGGAUUACAUUUGCAAAAACCAGAAGAUCCUCUAUUUUGUCCUAUGUAUUGGAAUUUUAUUCCACAUUGGUAUAAGGACGAUAUAAACGAAUGGAAAGGUGUAACGCAUAAUGCACGCAUUGAAAAUAUAUAUGAAAAUAAAAUUUACUCAGCAUCUUUAAAACAAGGUAAACGUUGUGUCGUGGUAAUGGAAGGUUUUUUUGAAUUUAAAAAAACUGGUACCCAACCAGCCGAAGUAUAUUAUCUUCAUUCGUCGGACAAUAAUUUAUUAAAAGCAGCAGGCCUUUUCAGUACUACCAAGUUACAUAGUGGCGAAAUCCUCCGUAGUUGCACCGUCAUAACAACCGAAUCGCAUAAUAAUUUAAGAAAAAUACAUCAUCGAAUGCCGUUAUUACUCAACAGAGACGCAGAUUUCCAAUCUUGGUUAGAUUUUAAAAACGUUUCACCGACUGACGCUGUUACCCAAAUAAAAGCUAAUUGUCAAAAUGACUUGAAGUUUUAUAAAACAAGUAAAAUGGGCUCUAGAGAACUACAGGACACCAAGAAAAAUGUAGGAUCCAAGAGUAUUAUGUCAAACUGGUUGAAGACCGAAUCCAACAAAGGUGUGAAACGCAAAGCUAAUGAUUAAAAAUGCUCACAACUGUAAUUAUAAUUAAUUAUUUUUGUAUUUGUAAUUUAUUGA